AUGAAUGAGCUGAUGAGCGCUUGGUUUGGAGCAGCUGUUGCCGUGAUAUUUCUGGGAUUCUGCCACUGGCAUGCCUGGAAAUGGCGCUUGCUGUUGCUCAAAGCUGUCAUCUUUCUGAAACGUAUCAUGUGGCUUCCGCGGCGCUGUUGUCGCAGACGUGCUUGGGAAGAUCCUGCUGUCUUCGCUCAUCAGAAGCUGCGUGCGCAUGCGCCGUUGCGCUAUUUCCCGGACACCAAAGUUGCCUCCGAAGGGCAACGGUCGCCCUUCAUCCAGGAUCUCGGCGGCAAGCCUUGGCGUCUGCAGCUGUUUCGGAAUCCACACUCGGCAGAGGCUUAUGCCCAGGCCAGAGCGCUGUCUUUCGAUGAUAGCAAGUGGAAUGAAGUCCCCAUUCCAUCAAACUGGCAGAUGCUGGGCAUGUCACCUCCGGUCUACACCAACAUCUCCUUCCCCUACACUUCGCUACCCGUGCUCCUGGCACCCUAUGUUUCGCACGACAAUCCCACAGGUCUUUAUCGGACAACAUUCAAUGUUCCCACAGAGGCCUUGCAAGGCCGGCGUGCCCACUUGAUUUUCCAUGCUGUGGGCUCCGCUGUGAUGGUGUGGGUGGAUGGCCAGUAUGUUGGGUACUCUCAAGAUUCGAUGACAGCUGCCGAGUUUGACAUCACAGACGUGCUCAUCGGCAGUCAAAAAGCCGUCGAUUCACGAGGUGCUUCAGCGACAGCCGCCUUGCUGUCUGAGCAGCACUUGCCAGACUGCACGGAUCACGUGCUUGUGGCGAUGGUGCCAAGCUGGUGCGAUGGGUCGUACCUCGAGGAUCAGGACCAGUGGUGGCUGUUCGGGAUCCAUCGUGAGGUUGAGUUGCAUUUCGUACCUGAAGCAGGCCGCAUUGCCGACUAUCAGACUCGAACUUUCUUCAACGAAGCUGAUGACGGCAUCUUGCAAGUUCAGUGUCAGCUUGCCGGGCCAGCCGCCAGCAACAAGCUUCUCAAGGUCACUUUACUCGGAGGGAAGUCUGAGAUUGCUGCGACCGCACGCGCCACUCCAGCUACUCCGCCCCAGUCCACGACUGACGGACCCACUUGGAGUGUAGAAGCAGAAUUGCGCGUUCCAGGAGCUCAGAAAUGGAGCGCUGAGGUUCCCUUCCUGUACACGCUACAGCUUGAGCUCACGGAGCCUUCUGGCACACCGAUCCAGGUUGAACGUGUGCAGAUUGGUUUUCGUACAGUGACAAUUGUCGAAGGACAGCUUUGCGUGAACGACCGCCCGAUCGUGGUUGCAGGUGCCAAUGUGCACGAGAUGCAUCCACACCGCGGGAAGGCGAUUAAUGCCGAAGACAUGCUCAAAGAUAUAGAGCUCUUGAAGAAGGGGAAUUUCAAUGCAGUUCGCAACUCUCACUAUCCUCAUCAUCCCAGAUGGUACGAGCUUUGCGACGAACAUGGUCUUUACAUGGUUGACGAAGCAAAUAUCGAAACUCAUGGCUUCGUGGAGAACGUCGCCAUCUCGCUUCCUGCUUGUGACCAGGCCUUUCAGGAGCAAUUCCUUCACCGGCAUUUCAACAUGUUCCAGCGGGCAAAGAACCACAGCUGCGUGAUUGCCUGGUCCCUCGGAAACGAGAGUGGGUGGGGACCAAAUUUCGCUGUGGGCGCGGAGUCUUUGCGCCGGUGGGAUCCCCAGCAACGUCCGGUCCAGUAUGAAGGGGCAACUUGUAUCAACGAUGCUGUCCUGCUCUGCGGAGAUGGGCAAGGUGCAUCCAGUGACAUCAUAUGUCCCAUGUACUGGUCACCACCGAUGAUCCUACCCUUGGCGGCCCCCAGAACUCGACCUGUCAUCCUCUGCGAAUACAGCCAUGCCCUUGGCAACUCGAACGGCUCCCUACACUCCUACUGGGAGCUGUUUUGGUCCUCUGCGCCUGAGCAUCGAUGCAUACAGGGAGGAUUCGUCUGGGAGUGGGCUGAUGGUGCUCUGAAGGUGCACAAGGCCCAGAUCCUGGAUCCCGAUAUGAAGGGAAAGCAUCAGCGAGAAGCCUGGCUGGAAGGCGAAUAUGCUUAUGGCGGAGACUUUGGCAAAGCUAGUGGACGACAAGACCGAAACUUUGUCUUGGAUGGGAUUCUGUUUCCCGACCGCACGCCGCAUCCAGCGUACCAGGAAUUCAAACGGCUGCAACAACCCGUGGAGUUCCAGCUUCUCAAAUCGACCGCGGAUGAUUCUGAACAUCGACUGGUCCGGGUGAACGUCAAGAAUCGGUACAUUUUCCGAGAUUUGGGGCACUUGUCGCUAGUGGCGUCCGCCUUUGAUGCCCUUGGGGUGGAGCAGAAGUGCACUUUCCGAGGGGAUGUGGACAUGGGAAGCAUUCGUCCAGGCGAAUCGCGCGAACUUGAGAUUUUGGUGGAGAUGACAGCUCCGACCCUUCAACAAUGUGGCCAGUGGUUGUUUCUGCAGGCGCGGCAAGGUGACGGAACGCAGCUGAUACCGGAAAAGUUCGUAGUUGCCGAUGCCUGCUUUACGGUGGCCACUCCGAAGACGGUGAGUGGCAAUCCAGAUGGUGGUACGGUGUGUUCAGGUUCGCUCCCGCCUCUUCUUCAGACGUCUGCGUCAGGGCCAGCAAAACUGGAGAAAGUAGGCGACACUGCCACGGUCAAAUCAGCUACAUACACGGCCAGACUCGAAGCGGGCAAGCUGACGUCCCUGUGCGGGAUGAAUGGGGAGCUUCUUGCCAAGCCUGGGCCGCAGCACGGCUUUACGCGUGCUACAAUUGACAACGACCGUUGUGGCGUAGACUUUUUUGUGCCCUGGCUCACCAAGGUUCCAGUCGUCAGACAGAUUUUGGAUGCCAAUGGCUACUUGUCCCUCAACGCAUCGUGGAAACUUGCUGGGUUGGAUCAGCUGGAAUCAUCCGUGAUAGCAUGUGACUGGAGCACUGCUGCUGAAGGUCCAAAGCUUCGUGUACAGGAGCACUUCAGAGGUAAAGGGCGGCUGUGUUUAUCAACCUUAUCGGAGUAUUCCUUCGAGGCUCAACAGAUAGUGGUGUGUAUCUCUGUGGCGCCACUUGGACCGCUGCGGCCUCUGGCGGCGAUUCCUCGAGUUGGGCUGGAUUUUGCUCUUGCUGCAAAGCUGUCAACAAUGACUUGGCUUGGGUGCGGUCCUGGCGAGAGUUAUCCGGACCGAAAGGUGUCGGCGGAUUGGGCAGUUCACAGAAGUGACGUUGAUGCAGAGCAUGUGGACUACAUUGUGCCGAGUGAGAACGGAGGAAAAGCCGAUGUCCAUUGGGUAGCCUUCACGGAUGGUGAAUUCGGUCACGGCUUGAUGCUAACCUACUCAUGCGACGACACGCAGACGAAGCAGGACAAACCGGAAGAUGCCCCAACUGAAAAGCGUCCCGCUCGCAUGAGUGGGGCGCAGCUGUCGGCAUCACGUUGGACACAGGAGGAGCUAGAAAGCACUUCCCAUAGACACAAGCUGCCAGCGAGGCAGGCACUGAAGUCAAGACCAGUGCAAGUCCACUUGGACACAGCUCACGCUGGAGUGGGUGGAGUUGGCGAGGGUGGCUCCAAACUUUGGGCAACCGCGCAGCAAUUUCUGGUAAGCCCCGGUCGUGGGGAGUGGACCUAUACGCUAAAGUUGAGGCCAAUAGAUUCAGACUCAUGGUUGCGCAGCGGAGCUUGA